CACAUCCUCCCACUGCACCACCAUGUCUGAAGACGAGCGCGCAACUCUGGGAAAGCGCGCACGCGAAGAGGCAUCAGCGUCGGCGUCGCCAGGUCCUGCUCCACCAGGCGAUGACGACUCGGACGACGAGAUCGGUCCGAUGCCGGUGCCGGCAGCGGAGAACGGGGCGGCGCGCAAGAAGCGCCGCGCGGUGCUCCCACACGAGCGACUGUAUCUCGAGCAUCUUCCCGACGCGGACCGAUACUACAAGUCGUUCAUGCACCGGGACACGCUCAACUAUGUCGUGAUGACGAAGACGGGCUACUUGAUCACGACGUCGAUUGACGGACACAUGAAGAUCUGGAAGAAGCAGGACAGCGGGAUCGAGUUCGUCAAGCACUUCCGGACGUCGUUGUCGUCGGUGGUGGGGCUGGCCGCAAGCGACGACGGCAAGCUGUGCGCGACGAUCAGCGCGAACGGCGAAGGCCGUGUUUUCGACGUUGUCAACUUUGACAUGAUCAACAUCCUCAAGUUUGGGUUCACGCCAAAGGCCGCAUGCUGGGUGCACGCGCCUGGCGCGGGCCAGGCCUUGCUGGCUGUGAGCGACGAGAAGAGCGCCGCGAUCAGGAUAUACGACGGGCGCGGGGACGGCGUGACGCCUCUGCAUGUGUUGGAGAAGGUGCAUCGCGCGCCGGUGCAUCUCAUGGUGUACUCGUCCAAAUUUGACUUAGUGAUCUCGGCCGACGAGGCCGGCUUUGUCGAGUACUGGCAGCCUUCUGAGCCGUGGAGCGUGCCCGCCCUCCCGGGAAUGUGGCAGUACAAGUCCUCGACGGACCUGUUCCAGUUCAAGAAGACGCGGACCAUCGCCGCCUCCAUCACGCUGUCGCCGAACCAGCGGCACUUUAGCGCGAUCGCGCUUCCCGACCGCAAAGUGCACAUCUUCAACACACUUACAGGCAAGCUGACGCGGACGUACGACGAGAGUCUCGAGGCCGCGAGCGAGAUGCAGCAGGCCGGGACGGCGGUGUUCAAGCUCGAGGACAUGGACUUUGGGCGGCGGUUGGCGAUCGAGCGCGAGCUGGACCGCGAUCACUCGGGACCGGGCGGGGCUCUGCGCACCGCUAAUGCCGUGUGGGACGAGAGCGGGAACAUGCUCCUCUACGCGACGCUGCUAGGCAUCAAGGUGGUGAACACAGUCACGAACAAGGUCGUGCGCGUAGUGGGCAAGGACGAGAGCCUGCGGUUCCUCAACCUCGCGCUUUUCCAGGGCGCGCCCAGCAAGCAGGUGCAGACGCUCGCGAUGGCGGCGUCGGCAAACCCGCUGCUGCAGGAGAAGGCUGCGCGGGACCCCACGCUGUUCUGCACGGCGCUCAACAAGGCGCGCUUCUACAUGUUUGGGCGGGGUGUGGUGGAGGAACACGCCGAGCGCGACGUGUACAACGAGCGCCCGACGGCCGAGGACCACGCCGUUGUCCCCGACAAGCCGGCGAAGAAGGUCCUCCCGACCGCGGCCACGAUACACACAAACAAGGGCGACAUCCACCUCAAGCUGUUCCCGCACCUCGCGCCCAAGACGGUCGAGAACUUUGCCACGCAUGCCCGGAACGGCUACUACAACAACGUCAUUUUUCACCGCAUCAUCAAGAAGUUUAUGCUCCAGGGCGGCGACCCGACGGGGACGGGCAUGGGCGGCGAGUCGAUCUGGGGCUCUGAGUUUGAAGACGAAAUCUCGCCGCUGGCCAAGCACGACCGGCCAUACACGCUCUCGUCGGCCAACGCGGGGCCGAAUACCAACGGCUCGCAAUUCUUUAUUACGACGGUCGCGACGCCGCAUCUUGACGGGAAGCAUACCGUCUUUGGCCGCGCAACGGGCGGCCUGGAAGUCAUCCACGCCAUCGAGAACGUCGCGACGGACAAGAACGACAAGCCGCUCGACGACGUGCGCAUGGUGUCGAUCACGGUCGAGUAG